AUGCACGUUCUCAACGGCUUCAGCACGAGGCGCAAGUCGCCCAAGCCCAGGGACCUGCACAUUCGCAAGAUCUCCUUUUCUGGCUGCUCGCUCUCUUCUGGCUGCUCCAUCGACUCUGCCUCGACAACCUCGACGACCCGCGGUCCCAGCCACCACCGUUCCGACAGCGAUGCCAGCUACGACCCUCUCCGCCUGCACCCCAUUGCCCAGCCGCCGCCGCGGCUACACGAGCGUGCCUACAUUCCUUCGCCCAGACGCCGCCAAGACGACUCUCCCCGCACAUUCUUCCACGACGCUGGCAACAACAGCGGCAGCGCGUGGUCAGGGUACGGCGUCAGCGUCUUCGAGUACGACGACAGCGACACCGAGGUCGAUGAGGAUGAGGACGCCGCCGUCGUUGAGCAGGUGCAAAGCAACAGCAUGCCACCCAUGACAACGCCCGUCGACCAUGACGACGCCGGCGAUGUGUCAGACGACGACGACUACUUCUUCAUGAAGACGUUGGCCAAGCGCCCGCAAAUGCCGCGUUCGCACUGGUCCGAGUCCACCAUCCAGACCCUCGCCCAGCUCACACCCGCCGUGAGCAGCACCAUUGCUACGCCGGCCGAGCGGCUUGAGGAUCCCAUUGAGCAGGCCCGCAUGAUGCUACCCAACCUUAGCCGAAAGCACGAUACCGUUCCAGCCCGUCCACGCAUGAGGGCCAUGGACAGCGUCGAGCAGCUCGUCAAGCGUGGCGGCUGGAAGCGCAAGGCCAUUGUCAUGGACAAGCAGGAGAACAUUGACCCCACCGACAUCUAA